AUCUCCGCCCCAGUCAUCUUGGGCUCUCACAGCUCGGAGCCCGGAUGCGCCGCCAUGCCGACUCUAUCCUCGAAUGGAAUAAUUUAUUCCCCAACCUGCCUGACACUGGGGCGACCAGGAGUUCACUGAAGAAGUCGACGAGAUAGUUUGGAGAGCAGAAAGGCGGACGGAGCGGCACGCGACAGCCGCGCGGUGGUUCCCAGGGUUACCGUUGUAUCGAUGUAGGGACACUUGAGUGCUAGCUAAAGCUAACGUUAGCUCGAGUGGAGAGAGUGCGCGGUAGUGACAGUCCGGCCGGAGGCGGGGAGAGCUGAGAGGUGAGACUGUUACUUUGAUGGUGACUACACUGUUGACUGUACGCGUAUAGGUGGCCAUCUGCUAGAUAGUACCACUUUCAUCAAUGUGACUCGCGGUUUUAGGGGGGUCCAGACGGCAGCAUAUCGAGGUGGGUACUUUGUCUAGUAACGGCUUUUUUCGUCCGGAGUUGAUCCGAACGUUUAGUCGACGUUUCUGGCCCGCGACAGAUAGAGAGGCUAGGAGCUAGCUUGCUAACUCAAUAACUGCCCACCACAGACUCCUUAACUUCUCAGGUCAGCAGCUAACCUCUGGAGUAGGCAAGCCUCACGUGCCAGAACCAGAAACAUUUCCAUGCCUGCAUCAGCCCUGAAAUCCAAAAGAGAUGUCUGUUGACGAGGAUACUGUAAAAACUGGCAGUCCACAGGCCAGCUCAACUUCAUCUCUGCAGCUCUCAGAAUGCACUGGAGGUUACAGCAGUAUAUCUGUGAUGGUGGAGGGUACUGCAGCCACCCCUGAUUUUGCAGCUGCUUGUCCUGUCUCAGGUGCUGCAGCCUCACCAAAAGACGCAAGCACAACUGACGUGCUUGCCCACUCAGACAGUGCUGAACAGGGAGCCAGAGGGAACGAGAAUAACCUCAAUCGCAGGAACACCUUUCAUCAUUCCAAACAACCGCAGCAAACGAAACUAACCAAGCGCCGUAACACAGCAAGCUCUAGUUUCAAACAUCCAACAUCUGGCAAGAGGAGACGAAGGGCCAACUCUGAGAGUGACUCCGUCCUGCCUACCAACUUCCUCCUUGGUGGGAACAUUUUUGACCCACUGAAUCUCAACAGCCUGUUGGACGAGGAGGUCAACAAGGCACUCAAUGCAGAGACGCCCAAAUCCUCCCCACUCCCAGCGAAGAGUCGAGACCCAGUGGAGAUCCUCAUCCCCAGAGACAUCACAGAUCCACUGAACCUGAACAGCGGGUUGGCAGACAGUAGUUUUCUGGUGUCCCCCUUCAAGAGUGGCGGCAGGAAGAGACAUCGCAACAGACAUCAUGGUGGAGGAGGUGGCGGCGGCGGCGGCGGUGGGGGUGGAGGUGGUGGUGGUGGGAUUUCAACCACACAGAUCAAUCUCUCAGAAUCAGGAAAAAGUGAGGUUAAAACCAGCACGUCCACCCCACUGCCAGGUAUGUUAGCGUCAUGUUCUACACUUGAUGUCUCCAAAGACUCCAACACUUUCUCCAGUGUCACAGGGGAUUCCCAUGAGCACUCGGCUGACACCUCAGCCAGCGGCAAGGAGGAGAUGACGACAUCAGUAUCUAUAGAGGAUUCCACCUCCUCCAUAUUGGGGGCACCGAACCAGCACACAAGCAGACGCAAGAGGAGGCGCAACUCCGGCAAAAUGGAGCAACCUGUGACUCAUUCUACACCAAUUGGAAAGUCAGGGUCUGGGGAAAGGAGUUGUGGUACUUGGGGAUCGAGACAUUCCCAGUCCUUCCACACACCAAGAAGUGGUUUUAAAACAGGGCCCGGAGGUCGCCAGCACCAGCAGCCCCAAAACCAGGCAAAAGAGCAACAGAAGAAAAAGUUCCAGUAUGGGAACUACAACAAGUAUUACGGCUAUCGCAACCCAGGCGCUAGUGAAGACGCACGGGUACGUGUGCUUCGUCCAGAAUGGUUUGAAGGGAAAGACGUUCUGGAUUUGGGGUGCAACUCAGGCCACCUAACACUUUAUAUUGCCAAAAUGCUAAGGCCCGCCCACAUUUUGGGACUGGAUAUUGACAGUGAUCUGGUACAUGCAGCUCGUAAAAACAUCAGACAUUAUCUGUCUGAACUGCAGACCCAGGAGGCCAGGCAUGCAAUGCAGGACAAAAAGAGCACCAAGCAGGAGGAGAGGAAUGGAAACGAGAGUCUCACAGGCACAGACAAGAAGCACAAUGAAGCCGAGAGCCGGGGUGAAAACGGAAAACCAGUGAAAGGAGAAAGUGGCCCUGCAGUGGCUGUAAAUGACAAUGACUCCAGUCACACAGAUGAGACAGGGACCCAGAGGCAGGACAGCAAAACAGAGGAAAUGGAGCAGGGAGAUUGUGAUGCACCCCCCGCUGAUCACUCUGUGAGCUGCUCUUUUCCUGUGUCCCUACGGAUCUCCAGGGGGCCCAUUGCUGCACCUCCACUAACAGAAACAUCCACCACACGGCCCGGAGAAUUCCCCUCAAAUGUGUCCUUCGUCAAGGCCAAUUACGUACUGGAGAAUGAUAAUCUUCUUGUGACUCAGCGGCCAGAGUACGAUGUGAUCAUGUGCCUGAGUGUUACCAAAUGGGUUCACCUGAACUGGGGAGACAGUGGCCUCAAACGGCUCUUCAAGAGAGUCUACAGACAUCUCCGUCCUGGAGGCAUGUUCAUCCUGGAGCCACAGCCCUGGGAGUCCUACGUGAGGAGGAAGAAGCUGACGGAUAACAUUAGCAGGAAUUAUCACAGCAUCCGCCUCAAACCUGACCAGUUUUCAUCAUACCUUACAACAGAGGUGGGCUUCAUCAGUUCUGAGUACCUUGGGGCCCCCAAGUGUUCAAUAAGAGGUUUUCAGAGGCCAAUCUACUUAUUUCAGAAAUGACCGCUUCUGCCUUGAAGAUCAUUGAAUGUGAGUAGCCUAAGCCACCACCACACAUACAAGCCAGCCAGAUGCCCUGGACUGCAAGGAGUCAUCCGAGUCCUUCACAGUUACUCCAGCUUUUCAGACACUGAAGGUGAAAUUCAGAGAGGAGAAUGGGACCAAAAGUGGAAUUAAUUUCGUAAAGAUGAGAUCAGAAUCGUCUGUGACUUUCAAUUCUUAAAAAAGUAUGGGAUGAACUAAUAUAGGACUUCGAAAUGUAUAACUUGGAGCCAAACAUCAUAGCUCGGCCAGACUGUGGAAGAGGUGCUCAUACGAUCAUUUCUUUGGACUAGUGCUCAUGACACUUCAGUUUGAUGCACUGUCAUAUGGUGUUUGAAAAUCUUUGGCCAUAUAUCUUUACUUUCAUAAUUCUGUUCUGUGCCACCACAUUACUAUACAUCACAUAUCAGGGUUGGGGGAUAAGGCAGACUUUUCCAAUGUUCCCAACUGUGUGUUGCACUUGCAAAAAUGCAGCACACCGCUGGAUUAAAAAGCCAUUAAACAGAUGAUACUAACAUGAUGAAAAAAAUGCGCUGGAGUGCUUCGUAAUGUGCAGCACUCUGCAGGCUAUCAAUGAAUGAAGCCCCAUACUGCUGGCUCAAUUACAACUACUGAUGGAAGAAAUUUUGCUCUUAGUGGUCAAAUAUCUUCAUCAUGUUUGAAGCCUUGAGUCCCAUUGUGCCAGACUUAUAAAUGCAAAUAGUUGGGUGAAUUUAAAACAGACAAACACUCUCUGUCAGCCUUAGAUUUAGUCUAAGGCUGAUGUAUCUGUCCCAUCUUUCAACCCUGAUAUACAGUUGUUUCUUUGUCAUUAUUUUUGCAAAAUAGGCCUUAGAGCUGAAUGAUCUUUAAUCCGUUAAAGAGCUGUGAAAAUGUUUGAAGUCCACAUUUUUUAAUGGACAAUAUGAAAAACUAAAUUGCACAAACCUAAGAUGCCCGGAAGUGAAAUACAGCUCGUCUGAGUGGUAAAGUCAAUGAUGCACGAUGAGAAAGGUGCACUCAAAACAGCCAAAACAACAAACAUCCAGUGAAAUAGUGCACAGCAAAGAUGUUGUCAAGGUAUUGUCUCUUUUUUUAAAAUCAAAGCAAAUGUAAGAUUCUGUUAUAAAAUCGAGGAUGUAGUUUAGGCUGGCCUACUACCACUGGAAAGAGUACUUGAUAUGGUACCUCAAACCUAACGUCAGAUAAAAUGUUAAAACCUUAAGCGCAAGUGGAAUAAAUCUUCGUUUUCAGGAGUUUGUACCAUUUAGGCUGCAACAAAUCACUUCAUGGGUUCUUUAGGCCUUUUCGAUGCUCCAUCCUAAUGGUAGGGGGCACAUUUGAGCUGUGCUGACACCCAGGUGUUGGCUCAGCUCAAGAUAAUUCAGCACAGAGACCACAAGGACUAUUUUGCAAGCUAAAUCUGUAGCAUGCAGUGAUCCGUUUUCUUUUUUUUUAUGACAGUUAAGCCAUAGCCCUAUCUUAUGUGUUGUUUACAAUGUCUACAACGACUGAGAGUAUAAAUUACUGUAAGAUUUAAGGCAAAGACAAGCAUUGGAGAGAUGCUACAGAGGAAAAAUCCACCACAUGCAUCAAUUUGUGUGGUGUGAUCAUCACAACUGGUCCAGCAUUCAUUCAAACAGCAUCAGAAUCACUUUCUAGCUCCUGAGUUGAACAGUUGCAAUCUACAUUUGUAAAAAAAAAAAAAAAAAAAAAGGAUUGUUACUGACAGGACUUGAAUAUAUCCAUAAGACUUUUUACCAAAUUGAAAUAUUAAUGUGCUGUUUGUAUUGAAGCGCUGCCGGAAUAUUUUAUGGGUCUUUUGCUCUUGAAUUUGACAAAAUAUGCCAUCAUCAUCUCAGUCUUUGGCCUAAUGAGGACAGUUAUGAAUUACAAGAAGUCCGUUUUUUGUGAUUGUAUUUUUACUGGUGUGCACUGAGCACCUCAUCUACAACCUUUCAUUCUUAGUGGCUGAGACUGAAAAUCUUCCUUUUGUUGGCAUACUAGAGUAGGAGACGAUGGGGAAAACGGCUGUUAUGUUUCUAUUUUAGUAAGUGAUCAAUGUUAAUACGUUUUGCUAAAUUUGUUUAACUGUUGUUAAUAUUAAGUUCAUAACUGCUUUUGUCAUUUUCCGGUGGAUUUUUUUUGUUUCGUGUUUUCAAAUGUUUGCUGCCAAUUUGUGAUUGAGUCAGAGUUUUUUUGUCCUAAAACGGACCACUAAUCGAGCUCUGUAACAACAAAUGAAGAUGUACAUUGCAAAGUUUUGAUGUGUUUGCUUUGUUCUGUCCUGGCAGGCACAUGGAUUGUUAGAUUGGCUCUUUAUUUUUUUAUAAACUGUUUGAAAGGAUUGUUGUUGUCAAUGCAAUCUCAUUUCACUUCAUUUGACAUGUUGUCGAGAUUUUUAAAUUCUUUCAAAUAGAAAAAAGCGAUUUACAUUUUUCAUCGAACCUUUUUAUAACAACAUGUGGAACACUGAUUAACUUAUUAAAUGAAGCUUCAGGUUUCUUUUUGAUUGGAAAAUAAAACUGGCUUCAACCACAGUUUGCCCGUCAGAUGCAGGGCACCAAAUCACACCUUUCCCCUAAGCUAAGACAAUCGGAUUCUCAGGCUUACUGCUGUCAUUUCAAGGGCAUUUUACUUUCGAGUGUUUUAUUUGGGAAAUACAUUUUGUAUUGUGCUUUGCCACCAAUGUGACGGAUUGCACCUAAGUAUCUCAGCAGCGUUAUCUAACAGAUUUGAACCCAACAGGCCGAUCUUUAAGUCAUGGUAUCCAAGCUGAAGCAUGUCUUUGCUGGAGAUGUGAAAUUGCAUGUUGUCAUAUACAGUGCUGUAUAAACAUUUUGUACUCCCCUUGAGCUUUUGCACAACAUUGUACGAAUCUGGUGUGAUGUUCAUUUUUAUUAAAUUAAAUUACACACAAAUGGGGUGUAAGAGACUCAACACCCCUUGUUUCAACAGGGUAUAAAGACAGUGGAUAAUAUUACUUUUUCCUAAUUUUUAUUUAAAAAAAUGUAUUAUGCUCAGAUCUCGUAUUCAUGUUAUAGUGCUAUAUUUGCCCGUUAAAUUUGUCAUUCUGCUCUUAAAGCCAGCAGUUUUAAGUGUUGCAAAAAAGGAAAUAUUACAAGAUGCAUUGCAUUGAAAGUCUCCCCGAUUGUUUUUUUUAUUUUUAUUUGUUAUUUAUUUACUUACUUACUUAAAGAUUGGGGACCCAUGCCUUACAACAUUCAGUUAGCAGACUUUUUGCUUAGAAAAAUAUAUUUAAAUAAACAAUAUAAGGCUAAUAAUUUAAUAAUUUGGAUUUGUGCAACAGACUUCUGGACACCACAGAAAGUAAACUCACAUUAUCUAAAUUUUAACUCAUCCUAUACACUAAAAUUGCAAUGCAAAUCUUUUAGACCUGUAGCUACAACUCGAUUAUAAGAUUUGAGCAGCAUUAGUGAUGAAAUACGGUUAAUCUUUUGUCAGAACCGCAAUAAAGCCCUGACAAAACAAUGGUACUACUCACCUUUGUGUACCUGCUUCUCUUUUUUCUUUUUUUCUUUUUUUUUUAACGACAAGAGUACAUGAAGUUGUAUAACUGCAGUGAAAUAGAAACACAAAAAAAUAUAAAUGUCUUUGUAGCUCAAAAAUGCAAAAGGCUCAAGGGGUGUAUGAUUUUUAUUGGCGCAAAAAUUCACCUUUUCAUGUUGAAUUUGCACUGAAACUCGAGGGAAUUAAAUUUUCGCAGUUCAAGUUGAUUUGUUUUACAUGUACCUUAACUUUCCUAGAAUCAGUUUUCUGGAAAAACUGUCAGGGAUGCUUUUAAUUUUCAUGCCUCUGAACAACAAGAUAUAUCUGAACAUUUCUGUGUUUUAACAUUUUAAAUGAUUAAAAGUGGUUCCAGA